ACCCUCCAUGAGACAGUUUCUAGGAAAAUCCAUAGAACCAAGACUGGCAGAAUAUUCACGCAAGACCUCAAAAAUAUCUAUUCAAUACUUCUUCUUAAUUUAGAUUUAAGUGAGAAGCCCUCACAUAAUAAAAAUAAAAAUGGUUUGAGCUUAUCACAUAUAUUUAGUUUAAGGUCUUUUGGAAAACAGCAUCCUUAUUCCUUUUAUAUAAACGAUGCCAUUAACAGAAUGGGAAAUUUGUGCUUAGAUGUCAAUCUAUCUCCCAGUACGAGCACAUCAAUCUCUUAUCAAAUAAAACCAGAUUUGGCUUCAUCUUUAGUUCAAAUAUUCUUCAUCGCUAAACUUCUUCAUACUCCAUCUGAUAGAACUCGUUCUAAACCAAAGGAAAAUGUUGUUAUGCAGCCAACACCCAAAGGCGUGGCUAUUCUCUAUGCUUUCUGCAAACAACAUGGCAUUAAGAAUGACAGCUUGCCUCUUAUAAUCAAGUCAAAUUUUAACUCAAUGAACUUAACAAUAUUUGAUAGAAAUCAGUUUGAUGAUAGAAUAGUAUAUUCAGAUUACCUAAUUCAUUUAUUAUUUUUGAAACUUAUGGGGCCUUCUCCCAACAUAUGGAGUCCUCAAAAUGAUAGUGAUCCUAUUCCAAUUGAUAUAGUUGAUGAAUUAUCUAAUAGCCAAAAAAAUCAAGAUUUUAAUAAUAGUGGAUUUCUUAAACCAAGCAAAACUGAAAAUAAAAAAUACUCUAAUCAUAGUGCUUCAACCAAAUCUUCGAAGAUCUCUCCAUUUGCUCAUAAAUUUUUUACCAAUCCAGAAUCUGACUCUCAUGUUCAAUACUAUGUUUCCAGCAAGGGCGUUAGAUUAUAUUAUAAUUAUCGUUACUCAUCAAAUGAAUCAACUCCAGAUGUUAAAGAUAUAACAGUCCAAUAUUCGUUUAUUGGCAAAGCUGCCUGGCAAUGGCUAAUGGACUGCACAGAUAUAACUUCAAAAGAUCAGGCUGCUGAUAUCAUGAGCUUAUUUGUCAAGUUCAAUCUAAUAAAACCUGUGCUACACUAUCCUUCAACUGCUCCCCAAACUGGAUUUCAACUUUCAAAGACUGCUUUUUAUACAUUAACUGAGGAAGGCUGGGAAACAAUCAAGUGGGAUCGCUUGCUAAACAAAAAGCUUAGUAAUGAAACCAAAAUAAAAAGAAUUAUAUCGCUUCAAGAGAGAUUAUCUGAAUUAUCUAGAAAACCUUCUUUAUUAGUUUCAAACAGUAACGGAUCAAAUGGCUCAAAUGAAUCUAAUGAACCAUCUAUAAAUUCUAACAUCAUGGAACUUAAUCAGAAUCUUUCCUUGAAAAAAGUACUAAAGGAUCCAGGAUUGAGAUAUCUUUUCAGAAAACACUUGGAAAAAGAACUUUGUGUUGAAAAUUUCGACUCUUAUAAUGAGAUAAUGAAGUUCAACUCUGAAAUGAUGAAAUUAAAAAAGUAUCUCAAACAAAAGGAAGAAAUAAAAAAAACACUAAUUAAGGACAUGUCGACUAUGCUAUCAUCCAUGGGAAAAGAUAAUAAUUGCCCCAAAAAAUCAAGGUUGUCAGAAAGCAAUAGAAAUCGGUUGAUUAUCAGCAUAUCAAACGACUGUAUGACAUCUGCAUACAAUAUAUAUGGCACAUAUUUGACAAUUGGGGCUCCAUAUGAGCUAAAUAUAAAUCAUCUGUUAAAGCAAGAAAUCAAUAAAGUUAUGAUGCAUCCAACUUCUCCCAUCAAUCAAAAGACCCAUUCAGAGAUUCUUUCUGAAUUUGGUUCAUCUGGAUUAGAUCUUUCUAACAACAAUCGUAAUCUAACAAAUCUGAACCUAAGCAUUGAUAUUGCAAAGAUAAAUUUAAAUAGUGAAAAGACUCACUCAUUUCUCUCUGAUUCUGAUUCAAGUUUAGAUUCUGGAUCAGAAGACAACUUUUGUUCACUUAAUGGUCAAGGUUAUGACAAGGAAUCAACAUUAAUCGAAAGAGAAAUACCAUUAACACCCACCGAGGCCACUGUAAAAGAUAGUUUGUCUUUAUUGAACCAGAUAUAUCCUUUACUUAAUAAAGUAUCUUCACAUAUGUAUACUUUGAUGCAAAUUGAUUCUUUGCCCAAAUUCUUCAAAUCGAAUAUUUUUAACGAC